AUGAUUAGCUCGAAUUCGAACGGCGAUGAUGAGAAUAACGAUAAAGUGAGAGGUUCGUGGAGUCCGCAAGAAGAUGACACAUUGAGGAGAUUGGUGAAAGAAUACGGUCCACGAAACUGGUCUGUGAUAAGCAACGGAAUCCCCGGUCGUUCUGGAAAAUCUUGCCGUUUGCGGUGGUGUAAUCAGCUGAGUCCCGACGUUCAACAUCGCGCUUUCACUCCGGAGGAAGAUAACAUCAUACUUCAAGCGCACGCGGUUCACGGAAACAAAUGGGCGACGAUUUCUCGUCUUCUACCAGGUCGAACCGACAACGCGAUAAAAAACCACUGGAACUCCACGCUCCGCCGUCGUCUCACGGAGGCGCCGCUGACUCCUUCCCCCUUGAGUAUCGGGAAGCGUCCUCCAAAUGCGUAUGACGGUUAUAACGAUUUGUUAGAUCUCCGUUAUCCUUACAAACGGCCUUGUCUCGAAAAUAACGGUUCACGUGACGGUGAAGAAACGGUUACCGAAGAAGAAGACGCGGGGAAUGAUGUUGCGGUUAUAACCCCGUUAAGUUUGUUUCCACCUGGUGAGAAAUUGUUGAAAGAAGAAAAAGAGAAAAAAGAAGAGUUGAUUAACAGUAAUGUCAAGUUGUUGGGUAAUGAUAAUUUUAGGUCGUUUAUUCAGCGCAUGAUAGCAGAGGAAGUUAGGAAUUAUAUUGAUAACAUGCGCCUGGAUGGGUUUCAACAUGGAAAUGGGUUUGCUCCUGAUUCAACACAUCGAAAGUGA